AUGGAUCCAACGAACAACAUGUUUUUCUGCAGCAACACAUGGAUGGAACACAGAAGAGUAGCCAGCAAUUACCUUUCCAUGCACAGAGGUAGAAGUUACUAUUAUGAGAGGCACCCAGGUAUCGUGUCGUUUAUUCUAUCCACACUGCCUUUGUUAAUAAUAUGUAUGAUUCAUCUGUUGAUAAAAGCAAGUGGUUACUACAUUGGGAAUUUAUUCUUAAUGAUAUCAUAUUUAUAUUCAUUUUUUUUCUUCAUUUUGUAUUAUUAUAACUCUUACGCGUUCUUUGUCCUGUUUGUUUUUUUCUCCUUUUUCAUAUCAUUGUGUUUACACGAAUUUGCCCACGCGCUUGUUGCGUACAAGUAUGGGGAUAUUACGAUGGUUUACAAAGGCUACCUCUAUCUAGACAUUGUAAAUUAUUUAGACAUUUUCCACACCCUCAUAAUACCAUUAACAACGCUGCUUAUAACAGGAUUUGGGUUACCAGGAAAUUUAUAUUGGCUGCAAUUACACUUUAUAAGAAGCAGAUUUCAGAUGUCAUGUAUUUAUUUAUCAGGCCCCAUAUCAGACAUUGUGUGUAUCCUGACAAUUGUUUUUUUUUACAAUUUUUACGCAUACGUUAAGAAUAGUAAUAAUUUAAGUGUGCAGCCUCACUCGAUUUUAUUUAUAUCUCUUGCGACGGCUGCUUCUUUCCUCGUGGAUUCCUUUCUUUUAAACAUUUGUCCAUUUUUUGGCUUUGAUGGAUGGGGCAUCGUGGAGCCCUACAUUCCCUACUGCGUACAUAGCCUAAUCAACGAAGAAAUUGUGAACACCUAUUUGUCCUACAUAUGCCCUCUCCUGGUUUUUAUAUAUUUUAACUUUAUCGAAACCAAGUUCCUCUUCUUCACAAGGAUUGUUAACUUUAUUUUGGGGCGCAUUCUCGGAAUUGAGGUUUCGCAUGUGACAAUUGGAGUUAACGCAUUUCCGACGUUAUAUGCUUACCUCAGAAAUUUGUAG